AUGUACAGUCUGUACGAUUGGCUAUCGGUGCCGACACCGGCGCAUAAUCAGUGCUGUAAAUGUAUUGGCCUUCGUAUCCGGAAAGCGGUUCUCGUCUCAACGGUACUCGCGUUGCUUUUAUCAACCGCUGUGCUGACGUAUGUUCUCAUUGAGAAAUUCCACGUACCGAUACCAGAAAUUGUUUUGAUUCUUCUAUUCAUCGUCGAAAUCGGUAAGCCGAAUAAUUAUUCUUCAUGGGCUAAUUAUCGAGUGGUAGUCAUCACUGUUCGAAGGUGA